AAUACGAGAAACAUGAAACUCUUUCUUUUCCUUUCUUUCAAUGCUCUGAUGUUACUUGCAGCAUUCGGGAAUACCUAUGAAACUGAUAAGCAAGCAUUACUCAAGUUCAAGUCUCAAGUUUCUGAGGAGAAAAAAGUUCUGCUGUCUUCAUGGAACAACUCGUUCCCUCUUUGCAGAUGGACGAGGGUUACGUGUGGCCGCAAACACAAGAGAGUUACUGAUUUGGAUCUCAGUGGAUUCAAAUUGGGUGGAGUGAUAUCGCCAUUUAUUGGUAAUAUUUCGUUUCUCAUAUCACUUAAUCUCACUGAUAACUCUUUUGGUGGAACCAUCCCUCAAGAACUGGGAAACUUGUUUAGACUUCAGCACUUGGAUAUGAGCUUUAAUUUUCUGGGAGGAGGGAUCCCAGCAAGUCUGUUCAACUGUUCUAAAUUGUUGGAGUUUGAUUUAUUUACAAAUCAUCUUGGUCAAGGUCUUUCUUCAGAACUAGGAUCAUUGAGUGAGCUUGUUAUUUUAGACCUUGGUACAAACAAUUUGAAAGGAAAACUCCCUGUAUCUCUAGGAAACUUGACAUCCCUCACACGGCUUUCCUUUGCAGAAAAUAGUCUGGAAGGGGAAAUUCCUGAUACCAUAGCUAGAUUGACUCAAAUGGUGGUUUUUGUGCUAGCAACAAACAGUUUCUCUGGUGUUUUUCCUCCUGCAAUUUACAAUUUGUCCUCACUUACGUAUUUGAACAUGUUUGGUAAUUAUUUCUCUGGUAACCUGAGGCCUGGUUUUGGUAACUUGCUACCAAACCUAGAAGGAUUGUCUUUGGGACAAAAUUCUUUCACAGGAGUCAUUCCAUCAACACUUUGCAAUAUUUCAACUCUUCAAUAUCUGGCCGUGGAGUUUAACAGUCUGACAGGAAGUAUUUCUCCGAGCUUUGCAAAAGUACGGUAUCUGCAAGAACUAUACCUUAAUGAAAAUUCUUUGGGGAAAUUUUCAGCUGGAGAUCUUGAAUUUCUUAUUGCUUUGACCAACUGUAGCCAACUUCAAAACUUAGAUGUGUCAUUCAAUAAGCUUGGGGGUGACUUUCCUGCCUCCAUUGUCAAUCUAUCUAUGACCCUCAUCGAGUUUUACAUUGACAAGAAUUUCAUAUCUGGAAGCAUUCCCCAUGAAAUUGGGAACCUUAUAGGCCUACAAACAUUUUGGUUGUCCGAAAAUCUAUUGGAAGGACCAAUCCCAGUCUCUUUUGGGAAACUUCUAGGAUUGGUGGGUUUAAGUGUCCAUGGAAAUAGAAUGUCAGGAGAGAUACCAUAUUCUUUAGGCAACAUCACUCGGUUAGAAACACUAUUUUUGUCCAACAAUAGUUUUGAAGGAAUCAUACCUCCAAGUCUUGGUAAAUGUAGCUAUCUGUUACGUUUAGAUAUCGAGAAUAAUAAGUUGGAUGGUAUUAUACCUCAGGAGAUUAUGCAAAUUUCGACCCUUGUUUCCCUAAAAUUGUCAAAUAAUUUAUUGACUGGCUCUCUACCAAAAGAUGUUGGACGACUUGGAAAUCUUGGUAUGUUAUAUGUUUCUCAUAAUAAGCUAUCAGGGAAACUCUCAGAGACUUUGGGAAAGUGUCUCAGAAUGGAAAAACUUCACUUGCAAGGAAAUUCUUUUGAUGGAAUCAUUCCAGAUAUAAGUGGACUGGUAGGAAUUAAGGAGGUUGAUUUCUCAAGCAACAAUCUCUCUGGAAGAAUUCCAGAAUAUCUCGCAAACUUUAGCUUGUUGGAAUAUCUCAAUCUAUCCUUUAAUAACUUCGAAGGAAAUGUGCCAACAGAAGGAAAGUUCAAAAAUACUACUAUAGUCUCUGUAUUUGGAAACCCAAACCUCUGUGGAGGAGUCUUGGAACUGCGACUACAGCCAUGUUUUACGCAACCACCAAGAAAUUCAAGAAAGAAACUUGUGACUGGGGUAAGCAUAGGUAUAUCUUUGCUUGUGCUUUCAUUCAUAGCUUCAGUUUCUUUUUGUUGGUUAAAAAGCCGAAAGAAGAAAAAUACCAAUGAGGCAACUCCUUCCACCUUGGGAGCUUUUCAUGAAAUGAUAAGUUAUGGAGAUCUUCGAAAUGCGACUGAUGGCUUCUCUUCAAGUAAUUUGAUCGGGUCAGGCAGCUUCGGUACUGUGUUUAAAGCACUGUUUCAUGCAGAGAACAAGGUCGUUGCAGUGAAAGUUCUAAACAUGCAGAGACGUGGAGCAAUGAGGAGUUUCAUGGCAGAAUGUGAAUCCCUGAAAGACAUUAGACAUCGUAAUCUUGUGAAACUUUUGACAGCUUGUUCCAGUAUUGAUUUCCAAGGAAAUGAAUUCAGAGCACUAAUCUAUGAAUACAUGCCAAAUGGAAGCUUGGAUAUGUGGCUGCAUCCAAAGGAAACAGAAGAGAUUUCUAGGCCCUCAAGAACAUUGACACUUUUAGAAAGGCUUAACAUAGCGAUAGAUGUGGCUUCUGUUUUGGAGUAUAUUCAUCUUAAUUGCCACGAAGCUAUUGUUCAUUGCGAUCUUAAACCAAGCAACGUUCUUCUAGACGAUGAUCUAACCGCCCAUGUUAGUGACUUUGGUCUUGCUCGGAUCCUUCUCAAAUUCGACCAGGAAAACUUCGUUAACCAACUUAGCUCAGCUGGAGUCAGAGGAAGCACUGGCUAUGCGGCACCAGAAUAUGCAAUGGGAGGAGAAAUAUCAGUACAUGGUGAUGCAUAUAGUUUUGGGAUUCUCAUUUUCGAAAUGAUCAGUGGAAAACGACCAACCAAUGAGAUAUUUGGCGGGGACUUUACCCUCCGUAGCUGCGUCAGGUCUGCAUUGCCAGAGCAAGUUUUGGAUGUGGCAGAUGAAUCGGUUCUUCACAACGGCCUUAGAAUUGGCUUCCCUAUUGCUGAGUGCUUGACAAAGGUUUUAGAAGUGGGACUUGGGUGUUCUGAAGAGUCUCCAGCAAACCGCUUGGGAAUGAGUGAGGUUAUAAAAGAAUUAAUCUCAAUCAAGGAGAGGUUCUUCAAAACCAGAAGAGGAGCUAGACAUUGA